AUGGGCGUGUCCCCCCAGGUGUGCAGGAACUGGGAUGGACUGGGAUGGACUGGGCUGAACUGGGCGUGUCCCCCAGGUGUGUUCAUCUGCCGGGGCCGGGAGGACGCGCUGGUGACCCGGAACCUCGUCCCGGGGGAGUCGGUGUACGGGGAGAAACGGAUCAGUGUGGAGGAGGGCGACACCUCCAUCGAGUACCGGGCGUGGAACCCCUUCUGGUCCAAGCUGGCGGCCGCCAUCUUGGGGGGCAUCGACCGCAUCCACAUCCGGCCCGGGGCCAAGGUGCUCUACCUGGGCGCCGCCUCGGGCACCACCGUCAGCCACGUCUCCGACAUCGUGGGCCAGGAGGGCGUGGUCUACGCGGUGGAGUUCUCGCACCGCUCGGGGCGGGACCUGCUCAACGUGGCCAAGAAAAGGACCAACGUGGUUCCCGUCAUCGAGGACGCCCGGCACCCCCACAAGUACAGGAUGCUCAUUGGGAUGGUGGACGUGAUCUUCGCCGACGUGGCCCAGCCCGACCAGACCCGGAUCGUGGCCCUGAACGCCCAUCACUUCCUGCGCUGCGGGGGGCACUUCAUCAUCUCCAUCAAGGUCAGACCAGUAUAGACCAGUAUAAACCAGUAUAAACCAGUAUAGACCAGUUUGGGGCAGUAUGGACCAGUAUGGGUCAGUAUAGACCAGUAUGGGUUAGUGGAAUGGGGAAUGGGGCUCUGAGCACCAGUAAGGACCAGUUCAGGGGGUUGGGGG